AUGAGCAGUCAGUACGACGACGAUAGCCGCGAUCGGAGCGAAUGUAAAAGCAAGUCGCCCACCGUGCUUUCUUCCUACUGCAUAGACAGUAUACUGGGCAGAAGAAGCCCCUGUAAAGUCAGACAACUGGGAGCGCAAAGUUUACCAGCACCCGUCAGACCGGACCACGAAAUGACAACCGAAGUCACCUCCAAAGAGAAUUCGUUUGACUCGGACAUGCACCUGCCGCCCAAAUUGCGCCGGCUCUACGGCCCUGGUGGGAAGUACCUGGACUCCGGGAGGGGGUUUCACGAGCACCUAGAAAAGGGUGAGAGGGAGAGACUGCUGGACCAAGCCUGCGAGAGUCUCAAAAUCAGCCAAGCGCCUCAAGUCAGCAUCAGCCGUAGCAAGUCGUACAGAGAAAACGCGCCGUUCAGCCAGAGUGAUGAAGGCCAGAGUCCCGAACACAUGGCGCAGGAGCUGGUGGAGCUCAGCACCCUGAAGUUUGAAGAGGAUGUAGUCAAAGAGGAGGCGUGCGGAGACAACAGUCUGUCUCCCAAGGAUGAAGAGAGCUUACACAACGAUGGGGAUGUAAAAGAUGGAGAGGACAGUGUGUGUCUGUCGGCCGGCAGCGACUCGGAGGAAGGGAUGCUUAAACGGAAGCAGAGAAGAUACAGGACUACCUUCACCAGCUAUCAGCUGGAGGAGCUGGAGAGGGCCUUCCAGAAAACACACUACCCCGAUGUGUUCACCAGAGAGGAGCUCGCGAUGAGGCUGGAUCUGACAGAAGCGCGCGUUCAAGUUUGGUUUCAGAACCGAAGGGCAAAGUGGAGGAAACGUGAAAAGGCAGGUGUUCAGGCUCACCCCACAGGCCUGCCUUUUCCUGGGCCGCUGGCAGCUGCUCACCCCUUGAGUCAUUACCUGGAAGGAGGACCCUUCCCACCUCACCCUCACCCAGCUCUGGAGUCAGCAUGGACCGCUGCAGCAGCAGCUGCUGCUGCGUUUCCAGGCCUGGCCCCACCCCCAAAUAGCUCCGCCCUCCCUCCUGCCACACCCCUUGGCCUUGGAACCUUCCUGGGCACAGCAAUGUUCAGGCAUCCAGCCUUCAUUGGACCCACUUUUGGCAGACUCUUCUCAAGUAUGGGUCCUCUGACCAGUGCUUCCACAGCGGCCGCUCUCUUGCGCCAAACUGCACCACCAGUGGAGAGUCCAGUGCAGCCAUCAGCAGCCCUCCCAGAACCACCUUCUUCCUCAUCCUCUACAGCCGCCGACCGCAGGGCAUCCAGCAUUGCAGCUCUGCGUCUCAAAGCAAAGGAACAUUCGGCCCAAUUGACCCAACUCAACAUCCUGCCGUCCGGCACUGCAGGGAAAGAAGUGUGCUGAUCCUUCUCCUUAAAAACAAAACAAAUGAUUAAAGAAACCAUCUCAACAAAAA